GACCUAGACACCUUAGGCCAGUACUACGAACCGGCUAUACGACUAUUAAGAGUAGAUGAUCGACAGAGCACCAGGUUCGCCCUAGUGCUAGACGUGUCGGGCAGCAUGGACGAUUACGGCCGACGGGGUAGAUUGCACCGGGCUGCCACCAGGUUUGUGAACGAUCUCAUUUUGGACGGCAUGGAAUUGGGCAUAGUGCAAUUUUCUACGGAUGCCGAGCAGUUGCACCCUAUGGUGACUGUGAACGAUAACUCACGUCAAGCGCUGGCAGCGGUUAUACCGACCCAAUCGGCCGGUUGGACAGCCAUAGGCAAGGGCUUGAAGCUGGCGCUGGAUAUGCUCGGGUCGGGUGCCAGCGGGGUUGGGUCGGGUCGACUCCAGGGGUCGACAAUAGUGUUGAUCACCGACGGAGAGGAGAACCAAAAUGAGCCGAAGAUCGAAGAGAUAAUGCCGGAGCUGUUGAAGGCUGGCGUUCGGGUGGACUCCAUAGCGCUGUCCAACGGGUCAGACGCCCGGUUGGAAAGGAUUUCUAUGGAAAGUGGGGGCAAAUGUUUUUAUAUGAAGGACAACGACAGCGCCACCAAUACGGCGAUGGAGACCGCGUUCAUGGGUUUUGUGUCACAGCAGAGAGAUGUAGAGAUCCAAACGGUAACCAUAAUGAAUCGGGAGGUUAUCAUAAUUGGCGACAAACCGGUCACCAAACGGGUGAUAAUCGACGAAGAGUUGGGCAAAAACACCCGAUUCUCACUGCACUCGAAGGACACGGACAACCUUACCGUCAAAUUCAAGGCACCGGACGGCCAGACCUACGACCAGACGCACGACAAAUACAAAAAACUGUCGGCAUUUAAAUACAUUGAGUUCAGUGUAGAGGACUCGCCGGUCGGCGUGUGGGAGGUCUACAUCGGUCAACACCGGCCAACGCCGGACACACCGGUAGCCUCGUUGACCGUGACGUCUGACCCGCGCCCUACCGGUGCCAACCAGACGCGCAAACACCCGGUGCGGGUCAACGCUUUUUUUGGCGACCUAGAGGUGCGAUACCCGGCAACAGCUCUGGUCUACGCCGACGUACGUAAGGGUCCCAACGCUAUCAUCGGUGCCCGAGUGAUGGCCACCGUUGAGAGGCCCGACACCGACGGUGAUAGUCAGACGCCGGACGUAACCGUCGAGCUCUGGGACGAC